AUAGACCCAACCUAUGUCUUUUUUUCCUAGUUCGACGCGAACGUUGUGGAAGGACCUGGUCGAGGAUGCACGGCAGAAGGAAGGAGAACUACAUAUGCUAGUCCCAGGAGUUUUCCGUGACCGUAUACGUUACCAUGGCCCUUUCUGAUGAUACAAAGCAAUGGGAUCCAUAUGAGACAUCUCAUGAACGUGACUUUGUUUACCGACCCAACUCAUCAAAGCCAGUUGUCGGCACCUCAACUCCAAAGGCUUACCAAAACCUAUAUACACUUGAUGAUCCUGUGGGUGCAACUGUGUACAAUGAGGAGUUCUGCUGGAAACCAGCUUCUAAACCUACCUGCAUACCAACUGGGACAGCCUCUGGCAAUAGAAGAAACAACCCCCACCCGAGUGAGUCUUUCCUAGUAUGGCGGCUGCCAAGACGGUUAAGACAGAUGUCUGCAGAUGAUGGAAGGCCUGGGACGAGCUUCCCCACGGAGCAACAGAUUGCCGAGGUUCUUUCUGCCCAGUAUCGCUCAACAUAUAGCACUGACUACCUGGGCAUCCCUCAAGGUGUCCAGAAACCCACCAAGCUAAAACCUCUGAGCUUGGAGAAAGCCACUAACACAGAGAUGCGCUACAACUACCGCGAGCCCCCAAAGAAGGACAACCUCCAAGGCAAUACAACUCGUUAUGGAUGCAAUGUGCUACAUGGAGUUGCCCCAAAAGGAAUAGUUCCCACCGUGGUUCACAGUCACAUUCGGAAUCAAGAGAACAGCAAGGAUCUGACAACUUAUGACAUUCACUUUGGGGGGAGGACCACUGACAUUUCAGGAGUACUAAGAUCCCUUCAGCCACAGGAAUUGAAUCAGCUCUAUAAACAUAUGCCUCAAAAAGACAAGGAUGCAGUUGAUGCAUUUCUGCUCAUGACAUCCACCCCUCCGCAGGUGAAAAAGGAGAGGAGUCCACCACACACUCCCUGUAAGCCAGGCUGGAUGUCAUCCUGGGCAGGGCCCCUGUGAAUGUGGCGUCAUUCCUCAUCUUAAAGGGAUAGGGACCUAUGUGGCAUCAUUCCUCAUCUUAAAGGGAUAGGGACCUAUGUGGGCAAUCCAAAUGGAUGUUUAGGUGUUUGUUUAUCAGCACACAUACCCUUGCUAGCAUUUGUUGUCUUCAUCCAUGAAUAAAUAAAGUAAUGAGAC